AGCCACGGGUUUCACCACCCGCUCGGAUAUCGGCCCUGCGCGCGACGCCAACGACCCCGUGGACGAUCGUCAUGCUCCGCCGGGGAAGAGAACUGUUGGGGAUCAGAUGAAAAAAAAUCAGACGGCCGACGAUGACGACGAAGAUUUGAACGACACCAAUUAUGAUGAGUUCAACGGGUACGCUGGGAGCCUGUUCUCAAGCGGCCCCUACGAAAAAGAUGACGAGGAAGCCGAUGCUAUUUAUGCAGCUUUGGAUAAGAGGAUGGAUGAACGCAGAAAAGAAAGAAGGGAACAACGAGAAAAAGAGGAAAUAGAAAAAUACCGUAUGGAACGACCCAAGAUCCAGCAGCAGUUUUCAGACUUGAAACGGAAGCUGGCGGAGGUCACGGAGGAAGAGUGGCUGAGCAUUCCAGAAGUUGGUGACGCCAGGAACAAACGUCAGAGGAAUCCUCGUUACGAGAAGCUGACUCCUGUACCCGACAGCUUCUUUGCAAAGCACCUGCAGUCGGGAGAGAAUCACACUUCUGUGGACCCCCGCCAAACGCAAUUUGGUGGAUUGAAUACUCCAUAUCCAGGGGGCUUGAAUACGCCGUAUCCAGGAGGAAUGACGCCAGGCUUAAUGACCCCUGGGACAGGGGAAUUGGAUAUGAGGAAGAUUGGCCAAGCCAGGAAUACCUUGAUGGACAUGAGGCUCAGCCAGGUGUCAGACUCCGUGAGUGGCCAGACUGUGGUGGACCCCAAAGGAUAUUUGACAGACUUGAAUUCGAUGAUUCCCACCCAUGGAGGAGAUAUCAAUGAUAUCAAGAAAGCCCGUUUGCUCCUGAAAUCUGUACGUGAGACCAAUCCUCAUCAUCCGCCAGCCUGGAUAGCGUCAGCCCGCCUGGAGGAGGUCACUGGCAAACUCCAAGUGGCUCGAAACCUCAUCAUGAAAGGAACAGAGAUGUGCCCCAAGAGUGAGGAUGUUUGGUUAGAAGCUGCUCGGCUUCAGCCUGGGGAUACAGCCAAGGCUGUUGUGGCCCAAGCUGUCCGUCACCUCCCGCAGUCUGUCCGAAUCUACAUCCGAGCAGCAGAGCUGGAGACAGACAUCCGUGCGAAGAAACGUGUCCUCAGGAAAGCCCUUGAGCACGUUCCAAAUUCGGUGCGCUUGUGGAAGGCAGCCGUGGAGUUAGAAGAACCUGAGGAUGCCAGGAUCAUGCUGAGUCGGGCUGUGGAGUGCUGUCCCACAAGCGUAGAACUGUGGCUUGCGCUGGCAAGGCUGGAGACAUAUGAGAACGCUCGUAAAGUCCUUAACAAAGCCCGAGAGAAUAUCCCGACAGAUCGUCACAUCUGGAUUACUGCUGCCAAACUGGAGGAAGCCAAUGGAAACACCCAGAUGGUGGAGAAAAUCAUUGACAGAGCCAUCACGUCUCUAAGGGCUAACGGCGUGGAAAUCAACCGAGAGCAGUGGAUACAGGAUGCUGAGGAAUGUGACAAAGCUGGAAGCGUGGCCACGUGCCAGGCGAUCAUGCGAGCUGUGAUUGGGAUUGGGAUCGAGGAAGAAGAUCGGAAACACACCUGGAUGGAAGACGCAGACAGCUGCGUUGCUCAUAAUGCUCUGGAGUGUGCUCGGGCGAUUUAUGCUUAUGCCUUGCAAGUUUUCCCAAGCAAGAAGAGCGUGUGGCUGCGAGCGGCGUACUUCGAAAAGAACCACGGGACGAGAGAAUCCUUGGAGGCUCUUUUGCAGAGGGCUGUCGCUCACUGUCCCAAAGCCGAAGUGCUCUGGCUCAUGGGAGCCAAGUCGAAGUGGCUGGCGGGAGACGUGCCAGCAGCCAGAAGCAUUUUGGCCCUGGCUUUCCAGGCCAACCCCAACAGCGAGGAGAUCUGGCUGGCUGCCGUGAAGCUCGAGUCGGAAAACAAUGAAUACGAAAGAGCGAGGAGGCUGCUGGCCAAAGCUCGCAGCAGUGCCCCCACUGCAAGGGUCUUCAUGAAAUCCGUGAAGUUGGAGUGGGUGCUCGGGAACAUUGCCGCAGCCCAGGAGCUUUGUGAGGAAGCCCUGAAGCACUACGAGGACUUCCCCAAGCUGUGGAUGAUGAAGGGACAAAUUGAGGAACAAAAGGAGCUGGUAGACAAGGCGCGGGAGGCUUAUAACCAAGGGUUGAAAAAGUGCCCCCAUUCCAUACCACUGUGGCUGUUGCUGUCCAGGCUGGAGGAGAAAGUUGGGCAGUUGACCAGAGCAAGAGCCAUCUUGGAAAAGUCUCGCCUGAAGAAUCCAAAGAAUCCAGAUCUCUGGUUGGAGUCUGUGCGUUUAGAGUACAGAGCUGGGCUGAAGAAUAUUGCAAAUACUCUGAUGGCCAAGGCGUUGCAAGAAUGCCCCAAUUCAGGAAUCCUGUGGUCAGAGGCAAUUUUCCUUGAAGCGCGACCGCAACGGAAGACCAAGAGCGUGGAUGCCCUCAAGAAGUGUGAACACGACCCACAUGUCCUGUUGGCCGUGGCCAAACUGUUCUGGAGCGAGCGGAAAAUAACCAAGGCCAGAGAAUGGUUCCACCGGACAGUGAAGAUAGACUCUGACCUGGGGGAUGCCUGGGCUUUCUUUUACAAAUUUGAGCUCCAGCAUGGCACAGAGGAACAACAAGAAGAGGUGAGGAAGCGCUGUGAGAAUGCUGAACCUCGCCACGGAGAGCUCUGGUGUGAUGUCUCCAAGGACAUAGAGAAUUGGCAGAAAAAGAUCGGAGAGAUUCUCGUCCUCGUGGCGGCCAAACUUAAAAAUACCUUCUAGAGCGUCGCUGGCUUCAGCCGCCUCAGUCAUCUCUGUAGGACUUUGGCUUUCCUGCUUGCAGUGCAUUCGCCUUUACGGUAGCACAGAUUUC